AUGGCAGCAAAGUCAAGAAGACUCCUAAAAGUCAUAGAUGGCAUUCGAUCAUGGAAUAUAAGCUCGUGCCAGUCAAACCCUACUUCAAAAUCUGCAAUCGACAUUGAGGAAUGUUUAAAAUGUGAUCAUUUUCAGGUUGGAAAAAUCUGUCAGCAUGGGUUCCCUUACCAAUCUACAUGUAUUGCUUUUGAUCCUGUACAACGAAUUGUUGCAGUGGGUACGAAAUCCGGAUGUAUCAGAAUUUUUGGUAGGCCAGGUGUAGACUACAGCAUAUGUCAUCCAUCAGCAUCCUCUGUCUUCCAGAUAUUUUUUCUUAUUAAUGAGGGUGGUCUGGUUUCCGUAUGUGGCGAUGACGUUGCUCAUUUGUGGAACAUACGACAAAAGAAUCCAGAGAUAGUUCACUCAUUGCAGUUUAAGCGUGAACACCUAACAUGUGGUCAUCUUCCUAUUGGCAGCAGUUGGCUUUAUUUGGGCACUGAUAAAGGCAACGUUAAUUUCGUUAGUGUUCAACGCUUUACAACAUCUGGUUAUGUGAUAAAUUGGAACAAAGCUAUUGAUUUGUCUCAGUCAUCUCAUCCCGGGAAAGUUAUCCAAAUAGCUGAAAAUCCUCAAGACUCCAGUAAAAUCCUCAUUGGUUAUUCAUCAGGAUUUCUUGUUUUGUGGGAUCUGAAAACCAAACAAGCAGAUGCUCGUUUUAAACACACAGAUAGUCUUUACAGCAUGUCUUGGCACUGGGAUGGCAAAAGUUUCCUCACAUCUCAUAAUUAUGGUUUAAUUGCAACGUGGUCGAUCCGUCAACCCCAGCGUCCUGUUUCUAUUAUUUGUCCCAUGAUUUCUUUUAUCCCGGUGAUUGAUUUGAUAACUAUAAUUAUUAUUGUUGUUGUUUCAGCUGCUGAUGAAGCUAUUCCGGAUGACUAUACAUCUUAUGAGCCAAUACGGUUGGUAGAAUGGUUGCCAACUAGAAAUGGGGAACCAUUCAUCAUAUUUUCUGGUGGUGGACGUUCUUCAGGACCUCAGACAAGUGGGAAUGUUCAUCAGACGUCACUAACCACAACAUCAACGCCUCUAAUUAACUCAGAUAUUUAUGAAGUUGAUCCUGCUUUAUCAUCUCAAUGUACAUCAUCAAGUUACCAUACCUUAACUAUUAAAAGAGGCAAAAAACUAACUGUUUUACAGUUGGAUCAUAAACUUGUUCAAUUUACACCGCUUUGUUCAUCGCCGUAUACUAGUGAAUCGAUGGAUCCCUAUGCAGUUGCUAUACUGUUGCAAGAAGACCUAGUUGUCAUUGAUCUUUUAUCCAACAACUAUGCAACGUUUGAGAACCCAUAUCCAAUGGACUUACACAUUUCAGCAGUUACUAGCUGUUUAUAUUUGGUAGAUUGUCCUGGUGAUUUAAUACCUGCUUUCUAUUCCGUUGGGAAUCGUCGGCAUCGUACUCAAAGUGGUACAAGCAAUGAACCUGAUGUAUUCACUAAUCGUGAAUGGCCUAUUACUGGUGGAGAAUGGGGUUUAAGUUACCAACCAUUUCCUGAGUUGAUUAUUACAGGACAUGCUGAUGGAUCUGUUCGAUUUUGGGAUGCAUCUGAAGGUAUUGCUUUUUUGAAAUAAUUUUAAGUUUAUUCAGCGUAUGUGAAUAUUGAGUAAUGCCAUCAUCCUUACUUGAGCUUUAUUCAUCCAGCCACCGGGAUUGGGGUUCUUUUUUAAACUUUUUCCCCAGUACUUCCAGAUAGAUCAAUUCGUGCUAACUUAGCGUAGAACAUGGUUGAAAAUUUCUCUUUAGUUUUUUACAACCAGGUUUCUUCAUCCAGGUUUAUUGUUUCAUUCAUUUCAUGUUUUUCAAAUUAAUAAAGGGAGAAGAUGGUGAGGAAAACGUUAUCCUAUCUUUGUCAUGUAAAUUACUAAGUAGUAGAUGUCUUAACUAAAUUACAAAUGGUGUAUGUUUGCAAAAGUGAAUACCUGCUAAAUAGUAAGUAUCCAUGUUUGCUAAUCAUUAGGCCUGUUGUUGUAGAAAUUACAGAACCAUGUUUUGCCAUUUCUUUCACCUAUGCGGGC